AUCUUGUGAAUAUGUUUCCGAAGAAUCCGAUGCCAUCGUUGCAUCAUCUUGAAAAAAUCGCUGUUAAAGAUUGUGACUCCAUUGAAGUGUUAUUCGACAUUGAUAUCGAUGUUGGAUGUCUUGGUGAGAAUAAAGAAGGGUGUGGUAGUAAAUUGAGAUCCAUUAAAGUAAAAAACUUGGGGAAGCUUACAGAGGUGUGGAGGUUGAAAGUAGUAAAUAUUAACCACCCUGAUGAUGUGAUCAUUUAUGGCUGCUUUCAAGCUGUUGAAAAGAUAGACAUAGAUGGCUGUGAGAGCUUUAGAAAUAUAUUUAAACCAACCACCGCUAAGUUUGGUCUGCGAGCACUAAAGCACUGUUCUAUAAAUAGCAUCUCUCAAGCCCAUAAUAAUGACUUAAAAUCAAGAGAGGAGAUUUUUAAGGAGGCGCUCAGUUUGCUUCAACAAGAUCAAAAGGCCCACCUGAUAGCCUUAUGCGGAAUGGGUGGCGUGGGGAAGACCACGAUGAUGGAACAACUGAAAAAGGCUGUGGAAGAUAAGAAAAUGUUUGAUUGGGUUGUGAAGGUGGUUAUCGGGCAAAAGAUCAACAUAUUGUCUAUUCAGCAAACCGUGGCAGAAUACAUUAAACUUCAAUUAACUGAAACAGAUAAAACAGCAAGGGCAGAUCGUCUUCGCAUAACAUUUGCGAAGAUGUCACAAGAAAGUAAAGAGAAGGUUUUAGUAGUAUUAGAUGAUGUUUGGGAGAAGGUUGAGCUUAAAGAUGUUGGACUAAGUCCUUUGCCAAACGGCUUUAAGUUGUUGCUCACAUCACAAGAUGAAAACGUUUGUACACAAAUUGCUGUAGAAGCUGAUUCGGAUCUUAGUGUUGUUAGAGUAAAUGUGAUGGAGGAGUCAGAAGCGAAUAAUUUCUUUUUUCAAAUUUCAAAAGUUUCAAAUCCAGAGCUCAAAGAUAUAGGAGCUAAAAUCGUGAGAAGAUGUGGUUUCUUGCCCUUAGCCAUCAAAAUCAUUGCAACAACCCUUAAAUAUAAAGAGAAGCCCGUAUGGAGGGAUACACUUUACCGUUUGAAGAAAAAUGAACUCGAUAAUGAUGUGCAAAGUAUUAUUGAGAUAAGCUAUGAGUUUAUAGCGGAAGAAGAUGUUAAAGAAGUUUUUCUGCUUUGUGGCUUGUUUCCAGAUGACUUCAAUAUUCCAAUAGAAGAUCUGACAAGAUACGCAUGGGGUCUUAAGUUGUUAAAUAAAGUUCACACUGUGGGGGAGGCCAGAGACAGGACAAAAACAUGUGUACUCAAUCUAAAAAAGGCAAAUUUAUUGCUUGAUAGCGAUCAGUCCGAGUGUGUCAAAAUGCACGAUCUUGUGCUUGCUUUUGUGGUAGCUAAAGUUUCUAAAGGUGAUCAUCCAUGGAUCGUUAACCACAGUGAUGUCUCAAAUUGGAGUAGAGCUGAAAUGAGCGAGUCUUGCAGGAGUAUUUCUUUGACAUGUAUGGGCAUGUCUGAGUUCCCAAGAGACUUUAAAUACCCAAAAGUAUCCCUAUUGAGACUUAUGAAUGGCGAUGAAUCUCUUAAGUUUCCUGAUGAUUUUUAUGAGAAAAUGGAAAAUCUUCAAGUUAUGGCAUUUGAGAAGUUGUAUUAUCCUCUGCCUCCCACAUCGCUUCAAUGCUCUACCACCCUUCGAACAUUGUGUCUCCAUAAAUGCUCAUUGAUGUUUGAUUGCUCUCCUAUUGGUGAUCAUCUUUUGAACCUUGAAGUGCUCAGCUUUGCUCGUUCUCGCAUCCGAUAUUUACCAUCUGCAAUCGGGAAGCUAGUGAAGCUAAAGCUACUGGAUUUGACAGGUUGUAUGGAUCUCCGUAUCGAUGAAGGCGUCUUGAAAAACUUGGUCAAGCUUGAAGAGCUUUAUAUGAGGGCUGCUUACGGAAAUGGCAUCAAAUUCACAGAUAUAAACUAUAAGGAAUUGGGAGAACGUUCCAAGAAUCUAUCUGCAUUGGAAGUUGAAUUCAUUGAGAACAAUCCUCACUCAAAGAAUAUGUCGUAUAAUAGACUCGAAAGAUUCAAGAUAUCCAUAGGACGUUAUUUAGAAAGACAUUAUAGUGUCAAAGACAUGCACUCAUCCGAAAACACGCUGAUGAUCAAAGUCGCUAACAAAGAUGAAUUGUUGGAAUCUGGAACGAAUGAGUUGUUUACGAAAACAGAAGUGCUUCACUUGGAAACUGGCAGUGGCAUGAAAAACCUUGAAGAAGUUUUACCGAAAUCCGUACCUCGACACACCUCGUUUUAUAAUUUAAGAGUCCUUCAUGUUUUCCAGUGUUUCGACUUGGGAUACCUGUUUACAGUCCCAGUAGCAAGGGGCCUGGUGAAGCUUGAGCGUCUCACAAUUGAGGAAUGCCCUGUUAUGGAAGCACUAGUAUACGGUGAAGGAAAUGGUGAAGAAAGGGUCGACAUUAGGUUUCAGGGGCUGAAGUUUCUAUAUUUGCGUGAUCUACCAAAGUUGGAAGGUUUGUGCAACACUAACAAUAUUGUAAUCCAUCUACCGCAACUACUGGAGUUGGUUCUUUACGACCUUCCAAACUUCACAAGCAUUUAUCCGGGAGAGUAUAAAUCAGCAACAGCAAAAUCAUCUAAUGUUAUGUCCGCAAACACUAGUAGCUCUGCUAUUAUUAAUAAACCUUUCUUCAACAAACAGGUUUUGAUCCCUCCUAGGUUGGAGGUAUUGCGAAUUUAUCAGAUGAAGGCAUUGAAGAAUAUAUGGCCGCCUUGUGAGGAAGUAGUUGAUGAUGCCACCUCCUGCUGCUUAUUGCGAGAGAUUAGAGUAUACCACUGUGAUAAUCUUGUGAAUAUGUUUCCGAGGAAUCCGAUGCCAUUGUUGCAUCAUCUUGAAACAAUCUAUGUUAAUUCAUGUGGUUCCAUUCAAGUGUUAUUCGACAUUGAUGUCGAUGUUGGUGAGAUUAAACAAGGUUGUGGUAGUAAAUUGAGAUCCAUUGCCGUAUUGAGAUCCAUUGAUGUUGGAUGUAUUGGUGAGAUUAAAGAAGGCGCCAGAAGUAAAUUGAGAUCCAUUGAAGUAUGGAACUCGGGAAAGCUUACAGAGAUGUGGAGGUUGAAAGGAGGCGGCGUAGUAAAUAUUAACCACCCUGAUGACGAUGAUGAUGUCAUCAUUUGUGGCUGCUUUCAAGCGGUUGAAGAGAUACACAUAUUUGCAAAAGGUAUCCAAAUAAUAUGUUCGCCGUGUUGAUCAAAUCAGUAAUCGUAGUUAUCCUAGCUUUUAUGGUUGCCACAUAUACUCGGGUACAUCCAAUAAACAAGAUUCGAAAGUUCAUUACAUACGAUAAACAUCUAACUAGUUCAUUACACAACAUAAACAUUCGUGUAUACUUCAUUAUAUUACCUGGUAUUUAUCCCAUGGACAAUGUCACUCAAUAGAGCUCGUAGUGCAGCUACCAAUAUACCUUUUUAUUC